AUGUUGAAAACUCGAUUUCAUUCCAGAAAGGGUUUUGUAAUCUACAGUGGAGAUGAUGAAGAGAGUGACGAAGAGAGUAAACAAUGGAUGUUUCCCGAGUCGACCUUUGUAACCAAUGGGUUUGACCAAUUGUUCAAGGUGAGAAAUGUCAAUACCAUUAAUGACGACGAUGACGGCUACCAAUCGUUCGAUCAACCGGAUUGGGCGCAAGAUUUAACCGCAGAUACUCAGUAUCUUGCUUUAGGUGACGAAGGGGAGAAUCAUCGUUCACAACAAGAGAUAGGCAACAGGAAAAGAGCCAACAAAAAGCAAAAGAAGCCAACUAAAGCAAAGACAAAACGUCAACAAAGACGCACAGCCAAAAAUGAUCAAUCCACGGAACGAUCUGCCAUUUCACAACCUUCUAACUUAAGUACACUGAACUCCUUACUCAAAUCUGUUCGGUCUGAACUUUCCAAUUCUGAUGGGAGUCCCCACACAUUCUACGAUGUAUCUCUCUAUGAAGAAGAUCUGAACAACCUAGCUGAUGACGAAUGGUUGAACGAUAAUAACGUCUCGUUUAUCUACGAGUACAUUGAAAGAUUUUACAUUACCCGUUGUUUGAGCGACAAGCUUCAAUUUUCAUCAAAGAAGAUGGUCAAUUCUCAAAUAAUACUCCUCCGACCUUCUAUGGUUUUUUUGCUGGCACAUUCAACUCCAAAAGAUAUCCAGGAUUUUCUCCCACCGUUGGAUAAGUCUGGCUUUAUAUUCCUUCCUCUGAACGACAAUGAUGAUCUGGAAAUGGCUGAAGGUGGAUCCCAUUGGUGUCUUUUAGUUGUAGCUGUUCACGAUAACAAAUGUUUCCUCUAUGACUCAUUAGAGAAUGCCAAUCUCACAGAGUCUGUUGCGCUUGUGUCUAAGCUGUCCACUCUGCUAAACAGGCGAAUACAACUCGUUGAAAAUACACAUUGUCCUCAACAACUCAAUGGCAGUGAUUGUGGAGUAAUCACAACCCAAAUUACAGCACUACUGGUAUCCCGACUGCUUUGUGUUUUGCCGGGACAUCCUAUAAAUUUGGAUCUUCAAAAUGUAGCUAUCAACGCAAUAAGCGGGAGAAUCUUCAUGUUAAAACUCCUCCAACAUGUUCUGAACAAUUAA